UGAAGAAAUUUGUGUAUGGGUUGGACAAAGUACUGGUAGGAAGGAUCAAACAAAUACACAAAUCCAACAGCGAAUAAUUAAACGAAGAAAAAGGCCUCUGCCACGGCCACUGCCACUGCCAAGAUUUGGCUGGAACUUCAAUUUCUUCCUUCUCCAAUUGUGGCUUACAAAGGAUUAAUCUUUUGCGCGCUCUCCUGCAGCUGGGUUCUACUUCUGCAUCCUUAAUCAAUACAGGGCGUGAUUCGAAUUGAACGCCGACAACAGUGUUUUAGACACCUCAUUGUUGCAAAGUGAUAGGCAUGGUUUUGAGACACUACAAGCAUUUCAAUUAGAUAGGAUUAUUUCUUGCAUAUAUGUUUUUUAGUCGUUUUCCUAUGUCAUCGAGGGGUUCUUUAAUGAUAAUGGGAUGACUAUCCAUGGUUGGUAUGCAUUCGGUAACAGGAUUCCAUCAGCCUUUAGUAGAUGAUGAGAUAAAUGAUCCGAUUCUUUUCAGUGCCAAGUAUGGAUAUAUUUCAAAGGUCCCGUCUUGUGCAUAUGGGACCAUCGGUAUUCUUUUUAGGUAUCAUGACUGUUCUGGCUCUUAUAUGCUUGUUUCCUAGUUCAUACAUAAGCUACAUGUCGAUUCUGCCAUAUGAAAAUGGUGGAUUGGUAUCCUCAAGCAGUGACAUCGAAAGUUUUUCCCGUGACUCUAAAUUGGUGACCUCUGAUUCCAUUAAUACUCGUAUCGAUGAUUCAAAUAUAUCCUCUGGAAAACCAGAGACAUUGGUUCUCCCUAUCGAAACCAAUUUCUCUUUGGAAUACAGCAGCAACAAGCCAAGGUUCAAAGAUGGCGGUGUAUCUGCCAAUCUCUCCGUGAUGCUUCAUGAUACUUCAUUCAGAAAGAACAGUGGAAAAGCUAUGCCAAUUAUUCAAAUGGCUUCGUUGCUGUUGGAAAAUCGCGCUACGAAGAAAUCAAAGAGGGCUUCGAAUCGUGAUCGGGAGCUACAAGCUAUGAAAUUCCAAAUAGAAAAUGCUCCGAUACAACGAAGUAUAUCUCGAAUACAUUCCUCAAUUUUCAGGAACUAUUCCAUGUUCAAAAGGAGCUAUGAACUGAUGGAAACUAAACUUAAAGUUUAUGUCUACAGAGAAGGUGAAAAACCGAUUUUCCACACUCCAUACACAAGAGGAAUAUACGCCUCCGAAGGAUGGUUCUUGAAACUUAUAGAGAGAAACAAACAAUUUGUGGUGAAGGACCCGAAGAAGGCUCAUCUGUUUUACUUACCAUUUAGCUCGGUAAAGCUAAGAAAUGCGAUUAAUGAUUCGGGUUUCGCCUCUCAAAGGGAUUUAGAAAACCAUCUGAGGAAUUAUGUUAAUACAAUAGCGACAAAACACAGAUUCUGGAACAAAAGUGGCGGUGCUGAUCAUUUCCUCGUCGCCUGCCAUGAUUGGGCUCCUCGGUUAACUCGAAGCGUAUUCGAAAGUAGCAUACGAGUCCUAUGCAAUUCCAACGUUGCUCGUGGCUUCCGAAUCGGGAAGGAUGUCUCUCUCCCGGUGACCUACAUUCGUUCCGCAGACAAUCCUUUAAAGGACAUUGGCGGAUAUGACCCUUCAAACCGGUCGACUCUGGCGUUCUUUGCCGGAGGCAUGCAUGGGUACGUACGUCCGGCGCUACUACAACAUUGGCACAACAAAACAUCCGACAUGAAAAUUCUUGGGCCCAUGUCGCGCGACGCCAAAGGCAAGGAAAUGUAUCGGGAGUUUAUGAAAAGCAGCAAAUAUUGCAUUUGUGCGAAGGGGUACGAGGUGCACACGCCGCGCGUGGUCGAGUCGAUUUACUACGAAUGUGUGCCGGUGAUCGUAUCGGACAACUAUGUGCCGCCGUUUUUUGAGGUUUUCGAGUGGGAAUCGUUCGCCGUGUUUGUUGCGGAGGCGGAUGUGGCUAGACUGAGAGAAAUACUGUUGUCGAUUGGGGGCGGUAAGUAUGCGAGAAUGGUGGGGAGAUUGAAGAUGGUCCGAAGGUACUUUCUUUGGCACAGAGUGCCUGAGAGGUUCGACUUGUUUCAUAUGAUUCUUCACUCGGUUUGGUACAACAGAUUGCUUCAGAUAUGAUGAUGGUUUUGGUGAUGAUGAUAGAUCCCAAGGUUCAUACCUCAUGUUCACGUUGAUGUUCAACAACGACAUGACAGGACAGGACAGCGGACUUGAACUUGUUAUUUACUGCAACACAACCUUGUCAUGUUUGAACUCGGAUUUGAGUUGGGC